AUGGUUCCAAUACAGCAGAAUGCCCAGCUUCCUCUCUUUUUGCUGCUGGGGCUCUUGGGAAUGGUGAUCUCACUCCAUGCCCCACCUGGUACUUUAACCUGGGCUCAGUGGUUUGAGAUUCAGCACAUAAAUAUGACCCACCCUCAAUGCAAUGCUGCAAUGCGGGUGGUUAACCGUUACAGAAUGGUAUGCAAAGAUCAAAAUACUUUUCUCCACACAACGUUUGCUCAAGUAGCUCAUGUUUGUACCACCAGAAAUGUAACCUGCCCUACAUCAUUCAGGAUGAAUUGUCAUAAUAGCUCGGUUCAAGUGCCUGUAACCUACUGCAACCUCACAAGAAAUGCACCACAUUAUAUGAACUGCCGUUAUAGACAGACACAGGCACAGAAGGUCUUCAUCGUUGCGUGUGGCAACAGAUCACCACAGGACAAUGCCACGUACCCCGUGGUUCCAGUUCACUUGGAUGCGAUCAUCUAA